UCCAUGAAAUACAGUGGAUCUCACGUGGAUUGUUUCGUCUUGCUAGCUUAUAUCAUGCUUACAGCAGGUGUGACCACAGCAGCAGAAUACGAAUUUAAACACGAAACAGGCCAAUCAAAACAUGACGGAGGAGCAACAUCAGGAUACUUCUACACACUGGUGGGUAGCGAGGGUGAAACGGGAGAGCACGACUGUGUAGGAGACAGAGCAGGGGCCAGCUCUUGUACUGUGACUGAUGAGAAGAAUAUUGGGGAUCUGCAGGGGGUUAGGAUACGGAACAGCGGAGAAGACUCCUGGACCUUUGUCAAGAUGGAGGUGGAGAUAGACGGGGUGGUGUGGGGAGUCUGGGAGGGCUCCCUUCAAGUGGAUGAUUAUAAGACAAAAGAUAUAACUUUUACACGAACAGCUGCUCAAUACAAGAUUACUUACUCAAUAUGGGACGACAGUAACGCAAGGACAAGAGACCCCCAGUACGUUAAAAUCAAAGGAACAAAGGGGGAGACGAACGAAAAUCUGUGUGAUGAAAAUUUUGAUGUAACAAACCAAGAUGUGGCGUGUGUUUUUAUAAGUGAUGUCAACAUCGGGGAUUACGAAUGUGUGUCUUUGAGGACUACUGGAACUGAUGGAAUUGAUCUUAUAAAGGUGACGGUUCAAAUAAAUGACACAGUGGUCCACACCCUUGUACCUGAAAGCAACCAAGACUUUAUAGGACUGGAUAAUAGAGAAACAAAAGAGUUUUGUAGAGAAGAUACUUUGACCCUGAGAAUAACAUGUGACGAUCGCUUGGAGUUGUAUCUUGAUGGCGUGCAACAACAACACAGUGCUCUCGGAAUAUGGAGCCAGGAGUCAACAUUUGAGGAAAUAACAACCGAAUUAGAAAUUAUAGCCUUGAAAUGUGUAAACACUGGAGGAGCUAAAGGUAUAAUAGCAUCACUAGAGAAAGAAGAUGGAGACGUUGUCUACUACACCGAUACUUACUGGAAAUGCUCAUCUGUCCUUGAAGAGGGCUGGCAACUCUCGGGGUUUCAGGAUACUUCAGAUAAUUGGCACAAUGCCAUUAAAGUAGGAGACAAUGGGAACCCUACCUGGGGAUACAUUGGACAGAUAUCACAUGAUGCUGAUUGGAUCUGGGCGAGAGCUGGAUGGACAGUUUACUGCCGAGGAGUCGUAUUUAAUAAAGGUAAGAAUAUAAACCCGAAUACUUAUUUUAGGCAUUUUGUUAAUAUCACCACUAUACCCCACUAAAUCCACAUGACUAUAUUUAGCUCAUCAAGCAUUAUACGAGUCACAACACCAACUUCACAACCUGAUAUAAUAUUUUUUGGUUCGCACGCGCAUGUGGCUGCAUGUUGCUCGAAA